AUGAAGACCAAUCGGCGCAAAGUAUCCCGGGCUUGCGAGAGGUGUCGUAAGCAAAAGCUGAAAUGUGAUAUCGAGCGUCCAUGCACCCUAUGCUCACGAGCGAAUGUUGAAUGCAUUGCAUCGGACAGUUCGAGAUGGAGACCCUAUAAAAGUACACGGACGCAAAUCGCGACAACGACCAAGCCAGUCCGAGCUCAGCUGGGAGCUACUGUUGCUCCGGUUGUAGAAUCAGCCUGGAAUUCCAGUUCAACCGUGAAGCUAGUUGAAGAGGCAUUUCAGCAGCAUGAAGCUGACUCACCGGAAGGCGUUGAAUUCUCCGCUCUAAGAUCAGAGACUUGGGCCCAAGAAAAGCCUGCUACCGAAACUGACAACAAGAGUCCCUUCCAAAUACCUGUCGCUGAACGUCCCAGAGACAAACAACUACAACAAGCCAAUGUUAAGUCCAAGCUGUCGGCUGCCGAGAAGGAACUCAUGUCUUUGUUACCCGAUCUUGGACCAGCGACUCUCUUGGUCGACAACUAUUUUGAUCGCAUCCACUGGUUCAUAUUAGUCUUUCACCAAGAUGAUUUCAGAAGAAAGUUCCAGGAUCUCUACAAAUACCAAAUUUCUCCUUCCGGCUCGAACGCCCCAUCGAGAGGUAUAGGCUUUCUAGCCGUUCUUCUGGCCGUUUUCGCGACCAGCUUGCAUCACAGCGGGGUGCAGGAAAGCAAGCUCAAAUCCCAUAAUAUCGAUCCCAAAGAACUGAAAGACCGGAUAUUAGACACCCUUAAAUUGAGAUUUUUGGAUAUUGUCUCAAGAGGUUCUCUUGAAGCAGUGCAAUUCUGCGUUUUGCUAGCAAGUUAUUACUUGUACCACGGUCAACCUGGAAUGGCUUGGCCGCUAUCGGGUUCUGGGUUGCGAAUCGCCCAAGCACUGGCACUUCAUCGAAGAGCGACAGCUGGAGAUCCUAAUGAUCAAGCUAUCAAUCAGCAGAUACAAGACCGGAAACGGGCAUGGUGGGCUGUCUACGAGAUCGACACUUUCUGCUCGAUGCUUUAUGGAUUCCCUCUCGGCUUUUCCGAUGACGAUUGCAACAUCGAAGCUUUGGAUCCAUAUGAUAAGUACUCUGGGUCGACUAAGGAGUCUCGCCAGACAAUGAGACCAUCGUUACUGUUUUAUAAAUGUGCGAUGUCUAGGCUGUCGGCUAUUGUCAAGUCCGCAUUGGUUGAGCUAUAUGGCACUAGGCAUAGUGACGGAAAGAGAGAGAACAGCCUAAAAAGUCUUUUCGAUAAAGUUGCGGUUUUAAAGGAGCGUCUCCAAGAGUGGCAUGGAAACCUAGCUCCAAAGCUCAAGUUCGAUAGUCAUGACUCUCUGUCAGAUCUUCAAGUUACGAGAGACCGCGAAAGAACUGGGCAAGAAUUUGAAAACCAUCUGUUCCGGCUGCAAGCACUUUCCCUGAAGCUGGCAUACGAGAACGCGAAAAUUCUAAUCCAUAGGCCACUUCUGUCAUUCCGACUGGCCACUUCGACUUCAACAAGCACAGUCAACUCCAAUACCGACCCAUUUCGGCGGGCGAUGCAAGAGUGUAGGGAGGCUGCACUCCAUAUAUCGAAGAUCACUUCAACCCCUUACCUCUUAGAAGCAUCUGAGACAUAUGCUGUAGCUGUUGUGUCACUGCACCUCUUGACGGCAGGUGUGACACUCUGUAUUUCGAUAACCGUCGAUCCCUUUGCUUCCAACUCAGCCGAGGCGAUAUCUGGAAUACGACAGCUGAUGCAGGUACAGGACCUUCUGAAGGACAGAUCAAUUGUUGCCGCACAGAGUCUGGACAUCACAAAAAGAUUGAUGGGUCUUGUGACGGCAAAGGCAGGCAACGAUAGGCCAGAGACUGAGCCUGUUAGUAGUAAAUACGCAGAUGUCCCUCCUGGAGAAGGCAGCAAAAAUAGCUCUACAGCGCCUGAUAGAAGAUAUUCUGGACAAGGGUCGAUUCCAACGACAAACAUGGAUUUGAACUCACCACCGACGGGGAAUAAUGGUAGCAUAACUGAUACACUGAGCCUGAGCUUCGCAGAUCAAGAUAUUACCGUCUGCGCUGACGCGUCUGUGGAGGACACCAUUCUAGAGUAUGAGCAAGUCGUUUAUUUACUGGAGAUAUCACAUAUGAUCCAGGUGAUUCGUUUCUGGACAAUCGUUUCUUGGAACAGAACCAAGGCUGGAUAUGGAGUUGGAACUUUAUGGAAUAGGUAG